AUGCCCAAUUUGGAGCAACUUAAACAGCAGCGCGCUAAUCUGCGUCGAAACAUAUCGCGCAUUCGCAAUUCUGUCGACACAAAACUUGCAAUUUCAUCCGCUGAAUUGAAUUGUCGUUUGGCUAUAUUAGAGGCCUACUUUAAGCAAGUUAUGACAGUUCAGACCGAAAUUGAGCAGCUGGAUCCAGACGAAGCAGAGCGUGAGACCAGAGGAGAAAUAGAAGAUACGUACGUCGCUAUCAAGGUGUGCAUUAAUGAGCAGCUAGGUUCAGAUGCCCACAAUUUGACUGUUGCUGACUCAGUUCAUUGCGCUUCUCACUCAACUUCUAUGAAGCUGCCACGUCUGUCACUACCAGUUUUUGAUGGAAAAUACUCCGACUAUAAAAACUUUAUAACAUCGUUUAAGUUAGUCGUUGAUAAGCAGUCUACUUUGUCAUCCAUCGAAAAGUUCAAUCAACUAAUCAAUUGCUUACGUGGCCCGGCCUUAGAAACUGUCAAGGCUUUUCAAAUCACUUCGGAAAAUUAUUCAAAGGCGCUGGAACGCCUCAAGGCCCGCUACGAUAAUCCAACGCUCGUAUUCUUGGACAACAUAAAUUCGCUUUUUACUUUACCUAGUGUUUCAAGGUCAAAUGCGAAACAGCUUCGUAGCCUGAUCGACAACUCAUCAGCCUUGUACAAUUCAUUGUUGUCACUGGGUAAUGCAUCGCAAAUUGCUGAGGCUAUGCUUAUCUCCAUCGUUAUGGAAAGGGUGGAUCAAGACACCAAAAAGAAAUGGAAUGAGCAUUUGAACUUCAGCGAUCUUCCUACAUGGACAUCCUGCGUUUCGGUUGUCGAACGACAUUGCCAAUUCUUGGAGUCAAUAAGUAAGCCCGGUACCGAUAGUAGCGCGAGUCAGCAAGCUAUUGGUAAGCCACGAAACCAAAAACACCAGCGCCAAGGGUUGACUUUCAACUGCACAUCGCAAACGUGUCAUUCAUGCGCUAGCACGGAGCACAGAACUUACAGGUGUCCUCAAAUCGUUGGUGCUACACUCAAUCAGCGUUAUGACAUCACUAAGCGACUGGGACUUUGUCUCAAUUGCUUGGGCAAGGGUCAUCAGGCUGCGAAAUGCCCAUCCACACACAGGUGUCGAUCGUGUUCUCGCUCCCAUCAUACACUAUUGCAUCGUGAUUCAGCUGGUAUGUCUUCGUCUCCACCGCAGUCAACUCCGCAACUCCCUGAAGUACCACAGAAGAACUCAGAAGCAGCUGUUCACACUCACACCGGCUUGAAUCGAAUAAUUUUAGCCACAGCUUUGGUUCUGGUCAAGGAUGCGUCAGGCUGUUAUAAAAUUGGUCGUGCGCUCCUAGACUCUUGUUCACAAGUCAAUUUCGUAUCGGAUCAAUUCGCACAGGCUCUCCGAUUACCUCGCAAACGAAGCCAUAUGGAAAUUCGCAGCAUUGGAGAAUCCCAGACUCAGAUAAAACAUCGAACGUCUACAACAAUCAAGUCACGUUUUGGAGAAUUCGAACUACCGCUAGAUUUCUGUGUUACUUCGAAUAUUGCAUAUCAUCCAGACACAGAAAUUGAUAUCUCAUCAUGGAAGCUGCCUCAAAAUACUCCGUUGGCCGACGAAGGGUUCAACAAAGCUCGUCCUAUUGAUUUGCUGUUAGGGACAGAAGCAUUUUUCGACAUCUUAUCCAUUGGCCAAAUCAGGCUUGGUGUAAAUAUGCCAGUGUUGCAGAAGACGCUCCUUGGAUGGGUAGUUUCGGGCCGUUGCCAAACCGGCUCCACCACAUCACACAGUUACUCGAUUUCCAUGGACGAAGUCAUCAACAACAACAUAGAACGCCUGUGGCGCAUUGAAGAGGUUAACACUUCUGUGGACAUUUACACUCCAGAGCAGCGCAGUUUUGAAGAGGCUUUCAAAAACACCAUUCGCCGACAACCUGAUGGCCGAGUGGUAGUUCGCCUCCCAUUCAAAGAUGAUCCUGGUUUGUUAGGUCACUCGUAUGAAAUUGCCCGUAAACGUUUUGAAGCUCUUGAGCGCCGCUUGAGCCGCACAUCAGAUGUGAAAAGGCAAUACGCAGAUUUUAUGUUAGAGUACGAACAGUUGGGCCAUAUGAGCUUGGUGACAACACCGAAGUUGGAUGUCCCACAUUUUUACAUACCGCACCACUGCGUACUCAAGCCGAACAGUACCACUACGAAAUUAAGAGUGGUUUUCGAUGCCUCUUGUCGGACAACGACACAAAGGUCUCUGAACGAUUUACUAAUGGUCGGACCGACCAUACAGCCCGACUUGUACACGUUACUUCUACGCUUCCGUACAUAUCGUUAUGCAAUUACCGCCGAUGUCGUCAAGAUGUUCAGACAGAUUCUUGUCGACCCCCCUGAUCGCAAGUUUCAAUAUAUACUUUGGAGAAGUACACCCGAUCAACCAUUACGCACAUUUGAACUGAAUACAGUCACUUAUGGGACUGCUACCGCGCCAUAUCUCGCUAUACGUAGCAUGCAAUACUUAGCUGAGCAAUGCAUGGACGAGUUCAAGGUAGGAGCCGAGGCUAUAAAAUCAUCGUUCUACGUUGAUGAUUUCAUUUGUGGAGCUAACACGUUGGAAUGCCUUCAUCAAAUCAAAACGGAGGUAAUUGAGAUACUUCGUCGUGGUAGAUUUGAGCUAGCGAAAUGGCACUCGAACUAUAGCGAGUUUGUUAAUGACUGUACGAUUAAAGAUCUUAACUUAGAAGACGAUUCAGUAACCAGCACUCUGGGCUUAAGGUGGGAUCAACGAGAAGACGUCUUUAUGUUUGCAUUUGUACUCAAGCGCACAUCACAUGCUGUCACGAAGCGGUCUAUACUAUCAAUUGCUUCGUCUCUCUUUGACCCGUUGGGCUUGGUGUCACCUAUCAUCAUACUUGCAAAAAUACUUAUACAAGAGCUUUGGUUGCUAAAAUUACAGUGGGAUGAGUCAGUUCCGCACAACAUUCACACCGCAUGGACAUCGUUCCUCUCAUCGCUUUCAUCGUUGGAAUCGCUAACUAUACCGCGCUAUUGCCUUCAACCCAGCGUUCAGAGCCUUCAGUUGCACGGCUUCUGUGAUGCCGCAAUUAGGGCUUAUGGAUGCUGUAUAUAUGCACGCACAGUUGACCCUAGCGGUGAAGUCAAGGUCACGUUGAUUACAUCCAAGUCGAGAGUCGCCCCAACGAGGAAACUGUCAUUGCCCAAAUUGGAAUUAUGCGGUGCUCAUUUGCUGUCACAACUUUACGCUAAAAUAAAGGUGAAUUUCGGCGAUACCCAAUAUACAACGUAUCUAUGGAGCGAUUCACAAAUCGUUCUACACUGGAUUCAACAGCAUUCCGCCGCACUAUCUACGUUCGUAGGAAAUCGUAUUUCUGAAAUACAACAAAAAACAUCUUGUUGCGAAUGGAAAUACGUUUCAACGCACUAUAAUCCAGCUGAUCUGCUUUUCAGGGGGUGCUCAGUAGUGAGCUGCAGCAGUCCAUAUGUUUCGAAGGGCCGGAAUACCUGCAACGCCACCAAGACGAGUGGCCGACGCACCAUCGAGGUGAUAUUGCUCAAAAUAUAG